GGAUACUAUGCCUAAACGAUGUCCGAAACGGGGUCGCAGACAAAUGAGGAAAGUGAUUUGUUUUCUGGUUUGAUAGGUCCGAAUCCAAAGCAGUGUUUGACAUUUUGGUAUCACAUGUAUGGGGAACAAAUCAACACAUUGAAAGUAUUUCAACUGAAUGGUGAACGUACUAUUGAACUUUGGAAUGAAUCAGCAAAUCAAGGAAACAAAUGGUAUUUUCAGUCGCUGUCAUUGAAUGAUACAAGGCCAUAUCGAAUCAAGUAUAAAGCCAAACGUGGUAACGGAAGUAAAAGUGAAAUCGCUAUUGACGAUAUCUCCAUUACCAACACCGAAUGCAAGAAAGUUUAUAGCAUUGAUUGUAACUUUGAAAAAGAAACUUGCAAUUGGAAUGUAGAGCAGGAAUCUGAAUAUAUGUGGACUGUUAUUUCUGGCGGAAUUCAUCCUAAUGAUACCGGACCGGUGGUUGAUCAUACAUACGGAUUGUAUGAUGGAAAUUACAUAUACCUCAACGCAUCAAACAUAGAGCCAGGACAGAAAUCAAAUUUUACAAGUGUGACUGUGUCUUCGGAAGGUGAUGCCUGUUUUACUUUCUGGUUCCAUAUGUAUGGAGACGGAUUGGAAACGUUAAAUGUUUACCUUGUAUCGGAGACAAUGACACAAAAACUGUGGUCCAGGUCAGGAAAUAAACCAGAUUUAUGGCAAUUAGCAUUCAUUGAUAUUUCAAUGUUAGGUACAUACCAAAUGAAGUUAGAAGGGGUUCGAGGUUCAUCGAAAAAAGGUGAUAUAGCAGUAGAUGACAUUUCAUUGUUGCCCGGGUCGUGUUAUAAAAGAGCUUUCUUCUUAGACUGUAACUUUGAAUCAGAAAAAUGUAAUUGGUUGGCAAGUUUUAACACGACAUACAUUUGGACAACAAAUAAAACAGGGGACAGUACGAAGAGACCGAAUAAUGAUCACACCAUUGGAACUGCUGAGGAAACUACUACAGUUGCAUCAGAUACUACCUCAAGAGACGAUUCAAUAGCACGUAGGUCUUAA